CAUGCGUGUAGUAAAACACGCCUCUCUUCGAUAUUCUGUUGUUCCGAUUGGUCCACAGUGCGGAAAGGAUUUGUGGCGCCGUAAACAAUGAUGUACAAGGUGAUUCUUCCAUUCGGGUCAUUCUUUGAUGAACAAAACUAAGUAUUUCCCCAAACGGACUGUGAUUACGGCAUAUGGAAUACGCGCUCGUGCUAUGUAAAACUCCGCUUUUCCUUAUCAGCGGAUAGCUGCUCGUUUAGUUGCUAGUAAAAGUACUAACUGCAGCUGCAGAAAUGGACUGCGUUGUGACGGGUGGAAACGUGAAAGUUUUGGCCAAAGCCAUCCACUCCCUGUCCCGAAUCGGCGAUGAGUUGUACAUCGAGCCUCAGGAGGGUCCUGGGCUAGCCCUGCGGUGUGUGAACUCUUCUCGGUCGGCUUAUGGUUGCUUCCUGUUUUCGCCUCUCUUCUUCAGCAGGUACAUUGUUCCCAAUGGGAUUGCCUUCCGCUGCAGGAUGUCAAUAAAGAGUGUGCAGGCAGUGUUCAGGUCUCUGGCAUCUCUGGAGAAGACGGUGGAAAAGUGUCACAUUCAUCUGGACAAGCAAAAGGAUCGCCUCACCUUCACGCUGCAUUGCAAAUAUGGCCUCUUGAGGACUCAUAACCUGUCUUUCCAGGACAGUGAGACCUUACAGGCCGUGUUUGAUAAGAACAGCUGCAAAAACGUAUUUCGAGCCAAUCCAAGGUUGCUGGUGGACACAGUGGCACAUUUCCCACCAUCUAUGGAGGAAGUCACACUUUCAGUCAGCGAUGAACGAAUGUGGCUCAGGAAUCAUGUGGAUGAGGAAUUAGUGCAGUCCAAGGCCAUGCUGACUGAACUGUUUCUGGUCUCCGACGAGUUUGACCAUUUUGCUGUCCAAGCUCACACCAGCAUUACCUUUUGCCUAAAGGAGCUGCGGGGUUUGCUAUUUUUUGCUGAGAAUACAGGUCUCCCUAUUUCGAUGUACUUUGAUGAGCCGGGCAGCCCUCUUGUGCUCUCGGUAUCAGACAGCAUCUUGGAAGGCGACUUUGUGCUGGCCACACUUUCGGAUGAUACUAGAAACGACACAAGAAGAGGGGACACGCCCCCAGCACGGCCUCCCGACGACUUCAUGAAUGACGACAUGGACUCUUACCUCAUCGCCAUGGAUACCAGUAUUGCGCCGGGUCCAUCCACAACGGAUUCCACAAGUUCAAAGCAGCAGGUGGUGGCGAAUCACAGGACGAGGCUGCACAGUGAAGAAGAGGAGGAAGCGGAAACUGCAGAAAAAGAUGGGCCACCAAAUAAGAAGUUCUGCUCCUUGUUGUUUGGAUCGGUGCUUCCGCUGUCGUCUCAGAUGAGCACUCAGCCAGUGAGCAACCAGGAAGUGCUGGCCAGUGACAGUGAUGACGACACACAAAUAGACUGACUGACCAAUGGUGGAAAAAAAGACAUGUUCAUUUUGCCCUUCUUGAGUGAUGGACUGAGAUUUUCUUCUCUUUUCUCUGAGAAGAUAAUGCAGAGGACAGCACCUGCCAGUGUAAAAUAUCAACUUAUUUUUUUAUCAUUAAUAUUAUUAUUGGGUUACAUUGUGAACUUUGGUAAUCAUGUUGAAGCAUGAAGCACUUGCCGUUUGUUUUGUAUACAAGAAGCAUAUUUUUUCCCCUGAAUAAACCAAACAAAAUG